AACAAUAACACUCGCAUGCAUAAGGCAACAUAAUUUCUUUAGUGGUCCAUUGAGCAGACUCAUUUAGAUGUUUGAGCUAUAACCAUCGUCGUUUCAGGCAUUCUCUUGAUUACCUUUCAGAUAGCUAACAUGGGAAAAACUGCUCUGCUAGUUUUGUUUGUGGCAAUAACAAUGAUUAAUCAGUAUAAAGGCGAACCGAAUUUUGCAUGCACUGGACGAGGUGGAUAUUGUUCCGUUUCUGAUACAUGUCCAUCAUUAGGAGGUUAUGUGGAAAAAUUAGCCUUUAAGUGCACGUGUGGUAAAGCAUGUUGCAAAUGUACUGACACAUGUCCUGAUGGUUCUACAUGUAUGAGUACAGAUGAAACCUGUGAAGGAAUGAAAGAUACAAACGGAUGUUGUGGCACCAGGUUUUGUUGUACACCUAUCAGGACAACGACACCUGAACCAACGACACCUGAACCAACGACAACUAUCAGGACAACGACAACGACACCUGAAAGAUGUAGUUGGGACUACUGUGCUGAUGCCUGUAUAGGAUAUAGUAAUUGUCCAGCAGAUAGCUUUAAAGAAUGCUGCCAGAAAUAUUUCAUGGAUUGAUAAAGACUUGGCCCUUAACCAUGAAGCAGACAGAAGACAAAUUUAUGUGAAAAUAUCUACAUUUAUAAUAGAAUAAAAAAAAUUAUAUAAUAUUGAUA